ACAAGGGGAAAUAUCUCCAGAGCCUCUGCAAGCUCUCCGGGGAGCAAAACGCCAUUUUUACCAAGCGGAGAGUCCAAGGACCAAGAACAAAACCAAAAGAGGAACUUAGGAGCAGCCUACUAAAGAAAGUUAAGACCUGUAUCUGAAAAGAGUAAGUUACACUAAGGAGCCUAUAGUGAAGUGGACUUCACUUUACUCUUCCCCAAUAGGAAGAAGAUUAAUAAGGACAAGUAGGGGAGCUAACAUUGCUGUUCAGCUUCUUCUCUGGACUUUCAACACUCUCUGGCUUCCAUCUGGGUUUUAAGCCAGGAUGCCCUCCAAUGGCAGUAAAGCCCUCAAGCUACAAUUCGGGCUUAUCAAUUACGAGAAUCGCUAUCUAACAGCAGAGGCCUUUGGCUUCAAGGUGAACGCUUCAGCUCCAAGUCUAAAGAAGAAGCAGAUUUGGACUCUGGAGCAGGAUGAGCAGGACGGUCAGGUGAUUUACCUGCGCAGUCACCUGGGGCGCUACCUGGCUUCCGACAAAGAUGGCAAGGUAAGCUGUGAGGCUGAAACCAAAGAGAACGACUGCCGCUUUCUGAUUGUGGCACAGUCAGACGGGCGCUGGGCCUUGCAGUCCGAGCCAUAUCUGCGCUUCUUCGGAGGUUCAGAGGACUACUUGUCUUGCUUUGCUCAGACCAUUGGUGAGGCAGAACUAUGGGCCAUGCACCUGGCCCUGCACCCACAGGCAAAUCUGCUCAGUGUGGCCCGCAAACGCUAUGCCCACCUAGCAUCUCCAGAGGGAGAGAUUGCUGUGGACAGCAACAUCCCUUGGGGUGUGGAUGCUCUUUUAACUCUUGUGUACAUGGAUGGCAAAUAUUGUCUUAAGACCAGCGACAGCCGCUUUCUGAACAAUGAUGGGAAACUGUCUUCUGAAAAUGGUCGUGGGACAGGCUACACUUUGGAACUGAAAUCAGGCAAGUUGGCCUUCAAGGACUGUGAGGGGAAGUACUUGACCCCCAUGGGGCCCACUGGAACUCUGCGCUCUGGACGCUGCUCCAAACCUGGCAAAGAUGAGCUGUUUGAUCUUGAGGAAAGCCAUCCGCAAGUGGUGUUUCAGGCCUCCAACAACAGAUUUGUUUCCAUCAGACAAGGAGUGAGUGUCUCAGCCAAUCAGGACGAUGAGACAGACAUGGAGACAUUUCAAAUGGAAAUUGAUAAAGACACAAGAAAGUGCAAAUUCAGAACUAACGAAGGGAAUUACUGGACGCUUGUCGCUCAUGGAGGCAUCCAGUCAACAGCCACGGAAGUCGGUGCCAACACCAUGUUUGACAUAGUGUGGCUCGGUCGACGGGUGGCACUGCGAGCCAGCAAUGGAAAAUACGUAUGCAGUAAGAAAAAUGGCCAGCUUGCUGCAGUCAGUGACUCUGUGGGUGAGAACGAGCAGUUGAUUCUGAAGCUGAUCAAUAGGCCCAUUCUGAUCCUGAGGGGAGAGAAUGGUUAUGUUUGCCACCACAAGAACUCUAAUACACUGGACGCCAAUCGUUCAGUCUAUGAUAUAUUUACACUGCAGUUCAAUGACGGUGCAUACCACAUUAAAGGUGCUGGUGGAAAAUUUUGGUAUGUGUCCAACAGUGGCUUGGUGUGCACUGAUGGAGACACACCUGAAGAUUUCUGCUUUGAGUUCUUAGAGCAUGGUCGGGUAGCUAUAAGGGGCAAAAACGGCAAAUAUCUGCGUGGAGACCAAGGAGGCAAUCUGAAAGGAGAUGGAGAGAUUGCAGACAACUCUUCCCUCUGGGAAUACUGACACCAUGUGGACAUUUAAGGAACUGUCACUCACCUGUGUUAAACUCUUGGAUUUACAAAUAUGAGAAAAAUAAAUUGGUACAAUUAAGGUUUCAUAUUUCAACAUCUGUUUUCCCAUCAGUCAGCAUUUGAUGUAGAGUCAGUAUUCAGAAUUGCGUAUGUAUUAUUAACCAUUUCUGGUGUAUAGUCAAAAUGAGGCUGUAUAAAAAUAAUUCAAACAUAAGAAGAACCUUUAUCAUAUAAACUCACUUUUGCACACUGUUAGGAAAAAUGUGUGAGGUUAUGAUCUUACAUAAAACUUGCAAAGCAUGCUAUUACUGUGGCAGAUCACUUCUAACAUCUCUGUUCGUUUUCAAAUUGACACAUUAUAAUUCAUUACUGCUGGGUUUUUUUUUUUUUACUUUAAUGACCCAUUAUUGUCUUGUCUUUCAUGCUAUUAUUUAUUAUCAUGUCAAUGUUUGUCAGUUCCAGUGAAGCUUGUUUUAUUCUCUGGGGUUACAGACUGCUGUGUUUGUAAUAUAUGGACAUACAUGGCAUUUAAAUA